AAAUAAAAACAUUCUUUUUCUACAAAAAUGAUUUUUUAUGUUGAUAAAAAAUAAAGAUGGCAAACGUUUGAUCGUGUUUUCUCUUUAUCCUCAUCUUCUCGGUUUUGGAGUUGGUUCAAUGGUCUUUUUCCAACUGUAAUAAAAAACUCAUUUUUUUGACAAAUCUUCUCAUAUUUUCAAUGAUUUUUCGAAGGUUUAUCUCAUCAAGGAUAAAUCGAAAUGCUCAUUAAUAUUUCUAUUUGCAUUCACCAGAUAAAGAAGAAGUCUCCAUAUAAUGGGUAAUUCUCCAUCUGAGCUAAAGAUCAUCUUUUUCAUUCGGUUUUGAUUCGAUUCACUGCUCAUCAUUCGACUGGCAAUAGUUUUACUCAGAAAGACAAUGCGUCACAUUUACUGAAUAACGGAUUCAAUAAAAAGAAGACGGAAAUAAGACUGACAUUGAACAGAUAAUGUGAUUACGAAUAUAUUUAGUGAAGCAACAAUGAAUCGUUUUAUAUUUUAUAAAUGAACCAUUAAUUUCAUAGAUAGGACAAAUAUAACAAUUUAAACGAUGAGAAAAAUUCUUUUUCUGUUAGAUUUUCGAUCUUUUCUUUGAGGGUGGGUGUGGAUGUCGUUGUUCAUGACAAUAACUGCCACAGCUACACCCGCAAAGCCACAUCCACAUCCAAUCUUUCUAUAAGUUUUUAUUUAAUUUAUGAUGAAAUUAGAAACAAUCUAAAUAAAUAUGUAUACUUCUCUUAAAAUAAAAUAAAAUUUGUUUGUUUCAUGUUUCUGAGAAAAAUACUAAAGUAAAACCUAUGUAUAAUGUUUAAUAUAUUUUGUGAGAAAAAAAUUUAAUUUACAAAAUCAAAAGUAGAACAUAUCAAUUUAUUAUAUUAUAUAUAGAAUUUUGAAUACAAUCAAGCUGUAAUCAUAUAAAAAAUUUGAACCUCUUAGCUUCCGAAGGAACAUUGUAUACUAUUGAAUGGCUUUUGGAUCGAGAUAUUCUUUAAUCGAUAUACCUUAAUGAGUUAUUAAUUAUUCAAAAAGAGGUUUAGUUUUCCAUACUCAUCAGUAAAGAUAUACAUCUAUUACUUUAUCCAUCUUUUGUCUUGAGAUAUUAAAUAUACAAAAACAAUCAUGUAUCACAAGGAAACGUAAGAAAACCCAAUGUUUCCAAUAUUCGAUAUCUCAAGAAGAACACAUUUCUUUAGACAGAAAUUUCCAGGCCAUUCUAAGGUUCACGUGACCUACCUAUAGGUAAAGUUUGAGAUUGAAAUUUCAACGAUACAGAUAAGAGUACAAAUAAGCUGCGUUGUUAUUUCGAGAUAACGAAGCAUUUAUUCAUCACUCAUCCGUUCUUAUCUCCAAUAUGUGCAAAGAAAAUUAAUUUAGCUGAAAAUGAAUUAAUUUCUUUCAAUAAAUAAUAUUAUGUUUUUUUUUCCUUAGUUAUUCAACUAAAUGCAUUACUUGGUAAAAGAGGUCAUUCUCUAAAAGAUUUAAAUGAUUAUUGGGAUGUAGCAACUUAUUUUGAAUUACAUGCUGUCCUACAUGAUUGGUCAAAAGCAUGCCAAGCAGCUUUACAUAUGUAUUUACUUAAUCCUCCAAUAUGGUAUUUAAAAUCUACAAUAAAUAAUUUAAAAAUUCUUCAUAAAGCAACACGUUUACGCAAUCAAGGACGAUUAUCAUAUGAACAAUCAUCAAUAACAACUGCUCAUGAAUAUAUAUACAGUUUUUGGAUAGAUUUUUUUAGUGAGGCUAUUAAUUCUAAUUCAACAUCAUGUGAAGAAAGAGAAUUACCAGCUCAAGUACCAGUAUAUUUUCCAAAUGAAAAAAAAAACAACGUUGUUCUUUAA